AUGGCUAUUGGACACGGAUCUGAUUGCAAGAUUUGGAGUUGGAUAUUGUUCAUUUCUUACUUUCUUUCUUCAUUUUAUGUAUAUUCUCUUUCAAACAAUUAUUUGUUCGUGGGCAAACUUUCUUUAUUUUUCGUAGUUUUAGUUUCCUUAUCAUCACACGGUCUGCUUAUGUCAUCAGUGAAGUUAAUGUUUGCGAGGGAUUUUAUAUUUCUUGAUCAUAAACCACAAUCUCGAUUCUAUGCAUUUUCAACGGGCUGUUUCACUUCAGGGAUACUAGUGAAUAUUUUAAUAAAACUGAGCACUGGGAAGAUUUUUUCAUAUUCCGAUAGCCAAAAUACCCUAAAAAUGUACAAUAGACUCUUUAUAUCAUUCACCUUGAUAGCAUUAAUUUGUUCGUUCCUCACAUCUACGCUUAAAUCCAUAGAAAUGAAGGAUGAAGAUCUCAUUAGCAGUGGCCCUCCACCGCUUACUAAACCAACAUUUGUUGGAAACACCUGGAUUUUUUCAAUUGCCUGUUUUUGUUGGUCCAUGUGCCCGAUGUUAAAUAAUCUAACCUUACCAGUUAUGCAUUCAGUUAAGCGAGAAGUUUCUUUCAGGCUGGAGUAUUAUCAAUUUUUGGUUUCAGUUAUAGUCUCUGCUUUAUUUUACCUGUUUGACAGUUUCGAUGUUCUGUCAUUUAAGAAAAGAGGAUACACGUACAAUUCACUGUAUAGGUCGAUUUGUACCAUGAUGAAGUAUAGACCGGAAGUUCCCCUAAGCCCCAAAGUAAAAAAACACCAAGACGUUCGAGAAGAUGUGAAUGCUUUAUCCAAAUCGUUGAGUGUUAGACUCUUUAGGGAUGUCCAGGCUUGGCAGUCACUUCCAUAUGGAUAUUGGUGUGAAUGGGAGGAAUACGACAAUUUUGAUAUUAAUCGCCUUCUGAAUGCAUUGACAAUUUAUUGCACUAUCACAGAUAUUAGAGAUGAGGAGCCCUUUAACCCGGAUGAGUACUUUAAGCUUGGCUGUACCCGCCUUACUCACCCAAAAGAACAUUACAAAACAAUUAAAAAAAACAAGUACAUUUUAUUAUGGCUAAUUUGUUCACUUGUUAACUAUUUAAAUGUAUUAAGUUCCAAGUUGGAUGAUAUUUUUAAAUCCUGUACUUCUCCAUCUGUAUGCUGUUUAUCAGUAAUCAUUUUCGUAUGUUGUUGCUGUAAACCAAAAUGUACUUUAAAUAUUCUUGCCUGUAGCGGAACUUGCUGUUGCAGUAAAGAAAUUUGCGAUGAAAUUAAAAAUUACAUGAAGAAUGCGAUUACAGCAACUGUUGAGGACUGUAAUGCACUACUUUACGACAUCAACACCUGUCCUUUAUUAUUAGAUAGCUUGGACGACGUAGAUUAUGACCAGAUGCUAGAUUCUCUUUCUAUAUUAGAGGAAUUCCUAAUGAGAUUUAUUAUUUGUAUGAUUUAUGGCAGACUUAUUGACGAGUAUUUGAUACUUCACAAAUAUAUGAAGUGCAUUUGUGAUAGACUAAGAAUUGUUUGCAGUAAAUUCAGGGAAGGCUGUAACUGUGAACACAAACGAGAACCAGAAAAACCUGAUGAUAAACCUAUUAAAUGUAGUUGUACUAUGUACUGCAAGAUGAUCAGAUGUAUUAGUACCUUACAUUUAAAGCAGAAGAAAGUUUCUGAUAUAUUCAGAGGCAAUAACCUCGAGAAUAUUAUUGACGUAAUGCCUCCAAUGUCGAUUUCUAGAGCAAUUAUACUCCUGGCUUCAUUUUUUGGAGAGUUCAUGUGUUCGGAUUUUCUACAAGAAAAGGCAACCUGUAAGUGUACAGAAGAUUUGAAAAAUUGUUGUUGCAUAGGACAGUCGACGUGUUUUUGUUGCAGAUAUAACUCGAGAGUUGAUGAUAUAUUGACUCUCAUUGAAUUGGCCAUUCAAACUCCGACAGAUUCUGAUUCUAUAUUGGCAAAUGUGAUAUCAGUUCUAGCUAGUUUUUCAUCAUUCAAAUAUCCAUCAAUGUUUCACGAUGGCAUAUAUUAUAUUGAGGGAAUACCCCCGUCUGUUGACUCUGGUACUCAACCUUCCGAGGCUAACGUCUUAACAGUGUUUGCAGGAAUAUAUUCACAAUUUUCCAAUCUAAUGAAUAGCUUGUUACCACCAGGCCAUAUAAGAUCGAGUUCUUGUUCCUUUUGUUUAAACGAGGCUGGAUUAUGCCAAUGUUUGAGGAAUUUACUAUCCGAUAUGAGAGAAGUUUGUUGUAUGAUUGAUAAAAUAACUAAUGAGAUUGGUACAUCGAAUGUUUCUGUUUGUUUCAUUGUUGACUAUAAUAAAUUAGACUGUUACUACAAAAGGUUAAAUUGCUCAGCUCAAAAAUUAAAAAAUUGUUCUGAAUCUGUCAGUAAAUGCUGUGGAACUGGUGUUGGCACAAACGGUUGUACUAAUGGAGAAAAGCUUGGUGAAUUUAUUAAAUGUUUAUGUGAUUCUGUAUCUACUACUGCUGAUCUCGUUACUGAAUUGAACGAACAAUCUAAAAAAAGUAUUAAAGCACUUAGCGAAUCUUUGAAACCCCAAUUGAAUGAAUUGAAUUCAAAGAAUAUUAAUAUGUACAAGUCAAUUAGAGGAACAAGAAUGGGCAUGCUGAUUAAGCCAAGUAAAUCCCUUUCUAAGAUGAUCACAUAUUACAAAAAGACAAUUAUAGGAAGAGUGUCAGAUUACAAGAGGUGGGAGUUCUACCUAUUUUUCCUGUCAACAUUCGUUUGUUUAUUUUUAAUUUAUCUUUCAAGGCUGAUGCCGUAUUUGAGGAAUAUUCCCAACAAGACUAAAUUUAUGUAUAUAAUUAUAAUUUAUUCCUUUGUCACAUCAUACUUCUUUAACUCCUCGUUUGGAUUCCUAUCAACCUUCGACAGCGACAGUGCUUUUUAUAUAUCGCUGGCCAUUGUGCUUGGAAUUAUCCUGUCGAUUGUAUAUUCAUGGUUGACACAAUGGUUUAAUUAUCGAAUGUUUCUGUACGAGCAGUUUGUGGAUUUGUACUCGAGGUUCAGAUUACUGUUUCCAGGCUCCAAGUACCUUAAUUCGCCGACACUAUUCUGGUGGAUUGAGGGGUUCGUGUCCUUCAUAAAGAUGGAUAUGCUUUCAAUGUAUAAUAUGUUCACAAUAUCAAAGGAGAAGGACAUAUACCACCCGUUUAACUUCGGUUUUACGUCAAAACUAAAUAUAGAAUACAACUUGGUCGAGUCGAAUUCACACAUUUACACAGAGGAGCAGUGCUUGGAAAAUAUCAAGUCCUCAGUUUUUGACAAAAAGGUUCUUGAGCUUCAAGCUCUCUUAGAUUACAGAUCCUUUUACCAUCUCCACCACACAGACUACUCAUUUAUGGUGAUAACUUCCCAGAAUAAAGUUAAUUACCCAAUUGACUUACUUUACCAUGCCUGGUGUCUGGGUUCCAGGGUGUCUGAGUUCACUGACAGGUUACAUCGCCUGAGAGAAUGUGCAAUUAAGGCGAUUGAAAAGGAGGUUCAACUCCAGGCCCAGACAAAUGCUUAUGACCUGGGCUCCAUAAACAAGUUGAAGUACUUCUUUGAAUUCCAAAAUAAAUGCUUGCUAGAAGCCCCAAAACUGUCACUAAUUGAUUCAAGUAAUAGAACACACAAGCAUUUCCUUACAGUACAAGCUAGAAAGUUAGUUAAAUUGUACCAAAAGUCAUAUUCUGAUAAGUGGAAGGUGUACUUCCAAACACUAUACUCAAAAGAGUUCGUAGAUCCUGAGGCUUCAACCAGUACCCAAAAGCCUAGAAGUAAGAGGGAUGGGAGAAAGAUUUCGCUUCCUGAUAUAUUUCAAAAAAUGCCAAUGGAGGUAUUUUUGAAGUCAUAUCAUGAUUGGAGAUCCAAGAAGCUGAGAAACUGCGAUACUGUUUUUGGCCACAACGACCUUUGCAAAGUUAUAGUGACUAAAACAUGUGAGGAGUUUGAAAAAGUAGCUUUUGCGCACAACGAAGUCCCAGAGGUCAUGAAUGAGUUCGUAAAGUUUGCUUUAACUUCGUUUACAGUGAAAGAUACACCUGCAAACUUUGAAAUAAUUAAACUUUUGUCAAAACAGAGCAAGUUUACAGAAAGUAAGGAUGUGAGAUCAAUACUGGAUAAGAUAUCAGAAUUAAUCAGAUCUCACACUUUCGGUGUUAGAUCUUCAGUUAUAAAAGAUCUUCUAAGCAUUUGUAAGAACAUUGACAUGGAAAAGACCAUGAUAUAUAAUGUUUUCAACUAUGACAGGUUCCUAAUAGGAGAGUGGAUCCGUUGGCAAGGACUUCACAUAUCUGGUGAUUUGGUAAAUAUGCUAAGAGUUAUUAAUGUUUUAAAUGAUUAA